UACCGUACACCCUUUCACACUCCCACUGAUUUCUUUCUUUCUUUCACUGUCUCUUUCGCUCUUCCAUCACUCCCAUCGCUUCCUCCUUCGUCACCUUUCAAUUUCACUGUCCCUCUCUGUUUCUAAAUUGAACCCUUUCUUCUUCUAGGGUUAGGGUUUCUGCAUUGUCAUGUGAAACCCUAGCUCCUCCUCCUCUUCCUAACCCUCAAACCUUCCCCUUUCCCGAUCCACCUCCGCCAUGGGCAAUUGCUGCAGAUCCCCAGCCGCCGUUGCCCGAGAAGAUGUCAAAUCGAGCUUCUCCAACCACGAUCACGCCAAGCGAGCCGCCGACGGAGCCACCGCCGGAAACAAGAAGCAUCCGCCGGCGCCGGUGGCAGUUCUCGCCGGCGUAGCGAAAGAGAAUAUGGAGGACCGUUACUUAGUUGACCGCGAGCUCGGCCGCGGCGAAUUCGGCGUGACGUACCUGUGUAUUGAUCGGGACACCAGGGAGCUGCUGGCGUGCAAGAGCAUCUCCAAGCGGAAGCUGAGGACCGCCGUUGACGUCGACGAUGUUCGCCGCGAGGUUGCUAUUAUGCGCCACCUGCCGCGGAGCCCUUCCAUUGUGUCGCUCAGGGAGGCUUGUGAAGACGAUAAUGCUGUUCAUCUUGUUAUGGAGCUUUGUGAGGGUGGAGAGCUUUUUGACCGGAUUGUCGCUCGCGGCCACUAUACCGAACGGGCUGCCGCGGCUGUUGUGAGGACCAUUGUCGAGGUUGUGCAGCUCUGCCACAAGCACGGGGUCAUCCACCGUGACCUUAAGCCGGAGAAUUUCUUGUUUGCGAAUAAGAAGGAGAAUUCGCCUCUCAAGGCCAUUGAUUUUGGGCUCUCCAUAUUCUUCAAGCCAGGUGAGAGGUUCUCAGAAAUUGUUGGAAGUCCAUAUUAUAUGGCUCCGGAGGUGCUAAAGCGGAGCUAUGGACCUGAAAUAGAUAUAUGGAGUGCGGGAGUAAUUCUCUAUAUCUUACUCUGCGGUGUUCCCCCAUUUUGGGCUGAAUCUGAGCAAGGAGUUGCCCAGGCCAUUCUUCGAGGGCUAAUAGAUUUCAAACGUGAACCGUGGCCCAGUAUUUCUGAAAGUGCUAAAAGUCUUGUUAAGCAAAUGUUAGAACCAGACCCUAAGCUUCGAUUAACUGCCAAACAAGUGCUUGAGCAUCCCUGGCUCCAAAAUGCUAAGAAAGCUCCUAAUGUUCCUCUUGGAGAUGUUGUCAAGUCAAGGCUUAAGCAAUUUUCAGUGAUGAAUAGAUUCAAAAGAAAAGCCCUUAGGGUCAUGGCUGAUUUCUUAUCCAAUGAAGAAGUUGGGGACAUCAAAGAUAUGUUCAAGCAGAUGGAUAGUGAUAAUGAUGGUGUUGUUUCCAUUGAAGAUCUAAAAGCUGGAUCUCGUAACUUAGGGUCCCAACUUGCUGAAUCUGAAGUUCAGAUGCUUAUUGAAGCUGUAGAUAAUAAUGGUAAGGGAACAGUAGACUACGGAGAAUUUGCUGCUGUUACUCUUCAUUUGAAAAAGAUGGCUAAUGAUGAGCAUCUCCGCAAGGCCUUCUCCUAUUUUGACAAGGAUGGGAAUGGAUAUAUUGAACCAGAUGAGUUACGGAAUGCCUUGAUGGAAGAUGGAACUGAUGACUGUACAGAUGUAGCAAAUGACAUUUUCCAAGAAGUGGACACAGAUAAGGAUGGACGGAUAAGCUAUGAUGAAUUUGUGGCUAUGAUGAAAACGGGAACGGAUUGGAGAAAAGCAUCUAGGCAUUACUCUCGUGGAAGAUUCAAUAGCUUGAGCUUGAAGUUGAUGAAAGAUGGUUCUUUAAACUUAGGAAAUGAAUAGUUGUUAAUUAAGUGUUUGCCUAUAUUUGAUCUGUCCCUCCAAAUAGUGUAAUAUCAUCCUACAUUCUGGACUUGGCUUCUUUGUGAUGAUUAUUUGGUUCUUUGUUAGAUAGGGUCUUUUCCCCUGGUGCGGUGUGAGUCACGAAGAAAUGAGUACGCCAAAAUAUACAUGCACUUGUUACUUCUGUUAAACAUGGUGUUAUGGAGCCAAUGGUGUGACGUGUAUGAUUCUACUCGUUUUUACCUGUUGUAUCAAAACUUUUUAGUGCAGUCAGAAUGUGUAUUAGAGUGAAUAUCUUGUAGCUUAUCAAAAAAUUUAAAUCAUGAAUCCUUUUGAUUCAUCGAUGACAAGGUAUGCUGUAAAUGGAAGUUGCUAUAUUUGAUAUCUCUGUACUAUUCUCUGUUUUUUAAAA